GGUGAGGGAGCAGGCGGCCGCCUCCUCCGCGCGCCCUGACCUCCCCCGGCCCUGCCGCGGCCCGCGCUGAACUUGAGGGAAAGUGGCCGCCCCGUGUUCCGUCCCGGGGCCGGAGGGCCGCGGGGCGUGCUGGGGAGGCGGCCUGGCCAGAGCCCGGGCCUGCGGAUACCGCGCCCUGGGCUCCUCCCGGACGGCGCCCCCGCCCGACCCUGCGCGGCGCCGGCUGCCCUGGGGACGUUGGGCUCGGCCCACAGGGAGGCCGUGGAGCGCGGGGUCGUGCACACAGUAGGCGCCAGCGUUGUCCGGGAAGCGCAGGGUCGUGCACACAGUGUGCUCCAGUGUUAUCUGGGGCGCGCUGUGGGUCGUGCAUACAGUAGGCGCCAUUGUGGUCCGGGAACUUGAACCCUGAGCCUCUGCAGACGCUAUGGGGAGUGCAUACAGUAGGCGCCAUUGUGGUCUGGGGAGCUGGAACCCUGGGCAUCUGGAGAGCGCUAUGGGUCGUGCAAACAGUAGGCGCCAUUGUGAUCCGGGUAGCUUCAACCUGGAGCUUCUGGAGAGCGCUGUGGGUCGUGCAUACAGUAGGCGUCAGUGUUAUGUGGGGAGCGCUAGAUCGUGCACACAGUAGGCGUCAGGAAGUGUUUUCCCCAGUAAUUUAUGCUCCAUGGUACUUUGCUAAAGUCAUGAAAUAACUCGGAUUUUGUUUUCCAAGGAAGGAGAAAGGCCCAGAAUUUAAAAGCAGGCAAACACACAACCGGGCACCCCCAGACCUUGGCCCUUCCAGCAGUCAGGAAUUGACUUGCUUUCCAAAGCCCCAGCCCGGAGCUUCAGGAACGACUUUCCUGCGCAGGGGGAACGGGGCGCACUCGCCGGUGCCGCGGUUCCCAGGUCGAGGGCAGUGGGGUAGGGGGCGCCGCGCCUUUUCUCGCGGGCGCCGUGGUUCCCGUGCGGCCUUGGACGCGAGUCCCCCCCUGCAGGCCUGGUCCCUGGUCCUGGUCAGCCGUGCAACUGGAGCGGCGCUCCGCGUUUGGAAAGGGUUUUGAAGGGGCUCUAAGGGGGAGUAAGGGCCUAGGACUCCGUAUGGGAGUCGGUGGGUUAUACUUUGAUUGCCAUUGAUUUUUAUUUAACUGCUUAGCUUAGUGACUCAAGUGUUUCCCUUUUCUUGGGGAUGAGUAAACUGAGGCUCAUUAAAGAGCUUGUGACCAAACACCACAGGUGCCCCAGAGAAAGGUCAGGCCUGGAAACUACAAAGGAUUGUGUUAAUUUUGUGUUUAGGAAGAAAGAGGUAAUGGGUAGGAAUCAAUGUAAACUUACUCAUAGGCCACACCAAACCAGGAAUUCUUCUUGUCGUGAUUGCACUUGGUAGAGUUAACACACAUGCACAUUAGGGAAACGUUGGUGGCCAACAGGCGUUUCAGCGAGCGUUUGCACACCUCAUGGGCCUUUGUGGGCUGCUGGACAGAUGUUGGCUGCACCGUGACCCAGGUGUGCAGAUUUGUAGUUGGAUAACAGCAGUGCUCAGAAUUUUGAUUAAUGGUUGAUGGUGUCUGGCCUUUAAGGAAGUCUUUGUUGCCUCUUCCACUUUGAGUUUUGGCCUUGACCUUGUUUCAUUAGUUUAAUUGUUUUGUUUUGUUAAUAUGCCGUCUGCCAAAAAUAAUGUAAGGUGCGGUGUCUCAGUUACUUUGAAGAAGGCUUAGGAUAGAGAAAGAAUGUAAAAUUUCCACGGCCACAGGCGGGGCACCCAUUCCCCCAGUAUCCCCAUCUCACCGAUGGUAUCCCUGUCCACCUGGUGUUUCACCCUCAGGCCUCAAGAAUUAUUCCAUUUCUUUUAUGCCCCAACACACUACCUAAUUCAGUGUUGCAGCUUCUACCUCGGGAAUGUAUUUCCAGUGGGCCCUCCUCUUUCCAUCUCCAGAGACACCCUCUGACCCAGCAGCCCUCUCUGGGCUGGAGAGCUGCAGGAGCCCUCUUCCUGGGCCCUGCUAGUCCUGGGCUCCUGUAAAUAAAUCCGUCACUUGUCAGCGUGGAUGAUCUUGUUAAAUGUAAAUCAGAUGGCCACACCCUGAUUAAAAGCGUGCAUUGGCUUCCUCAUCCCUUUAACAGAAACCCACUCCUCCAGGAUCCUGUUGAUUGGGCCUUGUCUGGCUCUUCUCUGUUUCCUUGCUCAGGCAUGCAGUCUUUUGUGUUCCUUGAUGCCACAUUAAUUUUUGUCUUAGGGCAUUUGCCAUUUCCUAGUCUGAGAAACACUUUUUGCUAGUCUGUGGCUCUAGGUGAUUUAGCGUCUUCAGAGAGGCCUUCCUCAAGCCUGCUUAAAAGUAACCUUUCCCUUCUUAACACCAGUCCUCCUGUAGCAAAGUGGUUCUCAAACUGUGGUUCCUGGACUCCUGGGGGUUCCCUGAGAUGUUUUCAGGCUUCUGUAAGGCAAGUUUACGAAUUUGUGUUGGACCAUAUUCAAAGCUGUCCUGGGCUGCAUGUGGACUGUGGAUUGGACAAGAUUGGCCUGUCCCUUUAUUGUUUAGCUGUUUUGAUGGAGUUUUAACAUUGAAUGCGGAGAACACUAAUUAUGCCUAUCAAGUUCCAAACUUCCAUAAAUGUGAAAUCUGUCUACUAUCUUUUCCAAAAGAAUCCCAGUUUCAACGCCACAUGAGGGAUCACGAGCGAAAUGACAAGCCACAUCGAUGUGACCAGUGCCCCCAAACAUUUAAUGUUGAAUUCAACCUGACACUUCAUAAAUGCACUCACAGCGGGGAAGACCCUACCUGCCCUGUGUGUAACAAGAAAUUCUCCAGAGUGGCUAGUCUCAAAGCGCAUAUUAUGCUACAUGAAAAGGAAGAGAAUCUCAUCUGUUCUGAGUGUGGGGAUGAGUUUACUCUACAGAGUCAGCUGGCCGUGCACAUGGAGGAGCACCGCCAGGAGCUGGCUGGAACCCGGCAGCAUGUCUGCAAGGCCUGCAAGAAAGAGUUCGAGACCUCCUCAGAGCUGAAGGAACACAUGAAGACUCAUUACAAAAUUAGGGUAUCAAGUACAAGGUCUUAUAACCGGAACAUCGACAGAAGUGGAUUCACGUAUUCGUGUCCGCACUGUGGAAAGACGUUUCAAAAGCCAAGCCAGUUAACGCGACACAUUAGGAUACACACAGGUGAAAGGCCGUUUAAAUGUAGUGAAUGUGGAAAAGCUUUUAACCAGAAGGGGGCACUGCAGACCCACAUGAUCAAGCACACAGGUGAAAAACCCCAUGCCUGUGCCUUCUGUCCUGCCGCCUUCUCUCAGAAAGGGAAUCUUCAGUCUCACGUGCAGCGAGUCCACUCAGAGGUCAAGAAUGGUCCUACCUAUAACUGUACAGAAUGUAGUUGUGUAUUUAAAAGUUUAGGCAGCUUAAACACGCACAUCAGCAAGAUGCAUAUGGGCGGGCCACAGAAUUCAACAAGCUCCACAGAGACUGCUCAUGUUUUAACGGCCACACUCUUUCAGACGUUACCUCUUCAACAGACGGAAGCCCAAGCCACGUCGGCCUCAAGCCAGCCGAGCUCCCAGGCGGUGAGCGACGUCAUCCAGCAGCUCCUGGAGCUCUCAGAGCCGGCGCCGGUGGAGUCGGGGCAGUCCCCGCAGCCUGGGCAGCAGCUGAGCAUCACAGUGGGCAUCAACCAGGACAUUUUACAGCAAGCCUUAGAAAACAGUGGGCUGUCUUCAAUUCCAGCUGCAGCACAUCCUAAUGACUCCUGCCACGCCAAGACCUCCGCACCACACGCUCAAAACCCAGACGUUUCCAGCGUUUCAAAUGAGCAGACGGACCCCACAGACGCAGAGCAAGAAAAAGAACAGGAAAGCCCAGAGAAACUGGAUAAAAAAGAAAAAAAAAUGAUAAAGAAGAAAUCGCCAUUUCUACCUGGCUCCAUCCGCGAGGAGAACGGCGUGCGCUGGCAUGUGUGUCCCUACUGCGCCAAGGAGUUCCGCAAGCCCAGCGACCUGGUGCGCCACAUCCGCAUCCACACCCACGAGAAGCCCUUCAAGUGCCCGCAGUGCUUCCGCGCCUUCGCCGUGAAGAGCACGCUGACAGCCCACAUCAAGACGCACACCGGCAUCAAGGCAUUCAAGUGCCAGUACUGCAUGAAGAGCUUCUCCACCUCGGGCAGCCUCAAGGUGCACAUUCGCCUGCACACAGGAGUUAGACCUUUUGCUUGUCCUCACUGUGACAAAAAAUUUCGAACCUCAGGCCAUAGGAAGACUCACAUUGCUUCCCACUUUAAACAUACGGAAUUAAGGAAAAUGAGGCACCAGCGUAAACCUGCAAAGGUUCGUGUUGGCAAGACGAAUGUUCCAGUCCCUGAUAUUCCUUUGCAGGAACCAAUCCUCAUAACUGACUUAGGUCUUAUCCAGCCCAUUCCAAAAAACCAGUUUUUCCAAAGCUAUUUCAAUAAUAAUUUUGUCAAUGAAGCAGAUAGACCAUACAAGUGUUUUUACUGUCAUCGUGCAUAUAAAAAAUCUUGCCACCUUAAACAACACAUAAGAUCCCAUACAGGUGAAAAACCUUUUAAAUGUUCUCAGUGUGGAAGAGGCUUUGUUUCUGCAGGCGUGCUCAAAGCACACAUCAGAACACACACAGGACUGAAAUCUUUCAAGUGUCUGAUAUGUAAUGGGGCUUUCACUACUGGUGGCAGCUUACGGCGACACAUGGGUAUCCACAACGACCUUCGUCCCUAUAUGUGUCCCUAUUGCCAAAAAACAUUUAAGACUUCACUAAAUUGCAAAAAGCACAUGAAAACCCACAGAUAUGAGCUUGCCCAGCAGCUCCAGCAGCAUCAGCAGGCAGCCUCGAUAGACGACAGCACCGUAGACCAGCAGAGCAUACAGGCCUCCACUCAGAUGCAGGUGGAGAUCGAGAGCGACGAGCUGCCGCAGACGGCGGAGGUGGUCGCAGCGAACCCCGAGGCCAUGCUGGACCUGGAGCCUCAGCACGUGGUGGGCGCAGAAGAAGCAGGGCUGGGCCAGCAGUUGGCAGAUCAGCCCCUGGAAGCAGAUGAAGAUGGGUUUGUGGCUCCACAGGACCCUCUGCGAGGGCACAUAGACCAGUUUGAAGAGCAGACCCCUGCGCAACAGUCCUUCCAACCGGCAGGGCUACCCCAAGGUUUUACAGUGACUGAUACGUACCAUCAGCAGCCUCAGUUUCCACCUGUCCAACAGCUACAGGAUUCCAGCACACUUGAGUCUCAGGCUCUCUCCACAAGCUUCCACCAGCAGAGCUUGCUGCAGGCUCCCAGCUCUGAUGGGAUGAAUGUAACAACUCGCUUGAUUCAGGAGUCAUCCCAAGAGGAACUGGACCUGCAGGCGCAAGGUUCCCAGUUUCUGGAGGACAACGAGGACCAGAGCAGGCGCUCUUACAGGUGUGACUAUUGCAACAAAGGCUUUAAGAAGUCCAGCCACCUGAAGCAGCAUGUGCGGUCGCACACCGGGGAAAAGCCCUACAAGUGCAAGCUCUGUGGACGCGGCUUUGUUUCCUCUGGGGUCCUCAAGUCUCACGAGAAGACACACACAGGAGUGAAGGCGUUCAGCUGCAGUGUGUGCAAUGCUUCCUUCACCACCAAUGGCAGCCUCACCCGGCACAUGGCCACACAUAUGAGCAUGAAGCCUUAUAAGUGUCCGUUUUGUGAGGAGGGUUUCCGAACUACAGUGCAUUGUAAAAAGCACAUGAAGAGACACCAGACAGUCCCCUCUGCUGUGUCAGCCACUGGGGAGGCAGAUGGAGCAGACAUUUGUAUGGAGGAAGAAGAAGAACAUUCUGACAGAAAUGCAUCACGGAAGUCUCGUCCUGAGGUCAUCACUUUCACAGAGGAGGAGACAGCCCAGUUAGCCAAGAUCCGGCCGCAGGAGAGCGCCACGGUGUCGGAGAAGGUCCUGGUGCAGUCCGCGGCAGAAAAGGACCGCAUCAGCGAGCUGAGGGACAAGCAGGCGGAGCUGCAGGAUGAGCCCAAGCACGCCAACUGCUGCACAUACUGCCCCAAGAGCUUCAAGAAGCCCAGCGACCUGGUGAGGCAUGUUCGAAUCCAUACUGGAGAAAAGCCAUACAAAUGUGAUGAAUGUGGAAAGAGUUUUACUGUGAAAUCCACUCUCGAUUGUCAUGUGAAGACUCACACAGGUCAGAAGCUCUUCAGCUGUCACGUCUGCAGCAACGCCUUCUCCACGAAGGGAAGUCUGAAGGUCCACAUGCGUCUGCACACCGGAGCCAAGCCCUUCAAAUGCCCGCACUGCGAGCUGCGUUUCCGUACCUCGGGUAGAAGAAAGACACACAUGCAGUUUCAUUAUAAACCAGACCCAAAGAAGGCCAGAAAGCCUAUGACUCGAAGCUCGUCGGAAGGACUGCAGCCCGUAAACCUCCUCAACUCCUCCUCUACCGACCCUAACGUGUUUAUCAUGAACAACUCUGUUCUAACAGGACAGUUUGAUCAGAAUCUGCUGCAACCGGGACUGGUGGGCCAAGCUAUUCUCCCUGCCUCUGUGUCAGCUGGGGGUGACCUGACCGUGUCUCUGACAGAUGGGAGCCUGGCUACCCUAGAAGGCAUCCAGUUACAGUUGGCUGCUAACUUGGUUGGACCAAAUGUACAGAUUUCUGGAAUCGACGCUGCCAGCAUUAAUAACAUUACGUUGCAGAUUGAUCCGAGCAUUCUGCAGCAGACGCUACAGCAGGGCAACCUACUGGCUCAGCAGCUCACUGGGGAGCCUGGCCUGGCCCCACAGAACAGCUCUCUCCAGACGUCGGACAGCACGGUCCCCGCCAGUGUUGUCAUCCAGCCCAUCUCAGGCCUGUCCUUACAGCCCACAGUGACCUCUGCGAACCUGACCAUAGGCCCGCUGUCUGAGCAGGAUUCAGUGCUGACCACUAACAGCAGUGGGACCCAAGACCUCACUCAAGUGAUGACUUCGCAAGGUCUGGUGUCCCCCUCCAGCGGUCCCCACGAGAUCACCCUGACCAUCAACAACUCCAGCCUGAGCCAGGUCCUGGCACAGGCCGCUGGGCCCACUGCCACGUCUUCCUCGGGGUCUCCACAGGAAAUUACCCUGACUAUCUCCGAACUUAACACUACAAGCGGAAGCCUUCCUUCAACAACACCGAUGUCUCCAUCUGCCAUCUCGACUCAGAACCUGGUCAUGUCCUCGUCGGGCGUGGGAGGUGACGCUAGUGUCACGCUGACGCUGGCCGAUACUCAGGGUAUGCUAUCUGGAGGCCUGGACACUGUCACACUCAACAUCACCUCUCAGGGUCAGCAGUUCCCAGCACUCCUCACGGAUCCCUCUCUCUCGGGCCAGGGUGGAGCAGGCUCGCCGCAAGUCAUACUAGUGAGCCACACGCCACAGUCAGCGUCUGCUGCUUGUGAAGAAAUAGCCUACCAGGUAGCUGGCGUCUCUGGGAACCUGGCCCCGGGCAACCAGCCGGAGAAGGAGGGCCGGGCGCACCAGUGCCUGGAGUGUGACCGCGCCUUCUCAUCGGCGGCGGUGCUGAUGCAUCACAGCAAGGAGGUGCAUGGCCGGGAGCGCAUCCACGGCUGCCCCGUGUGCAGGAAGGCCUUCAAGCGCGCCACGCACCUCAAGGAGCACAUGCAGACACACCAGGCGGGCCCCUCUUUGAGCUCCCAGAAGCCAAGAGUGUUUAAAUGUGACACUUGUGAGAAGGCGUUUGCCAAACCAAGCCAGCUGGAGCGCCACAGCCGCAUACACACAGGGGAGCGGCCGUUCCAUUGCACGCUUUGUGAGAAAGCUUUCAACCAGAAGAGUGCGCUGCAGGUGCACAUGAAGAAGCACACCGGGGAGCGGCCCUACAAGUGUGCCUACUGCGUCAUGGGCUUCACGCAGAAGAGCAACAUGAAGCUGCACAUGAAGCGGGCGCACAGCUAUGCUGGAGCUCUGCAGGAGUCCGCAGGUCACCCGGAGCAGGACGGGGAGGAGCUGAGCCGGACCCUCCACCUGGAGGAGGUGGUGCAGGAGGCCGCCGGCGAGUGGCAGACCCUCACCCACGUCUUCUGAUGCGAGUCGGAAGUACACCUUUAAGAAUGUUUCUGAAGUUACAUUUUGUGAAGAGCAAAGCACUUGGAAUCUCUGUUUUAAAGCUUCAAGUGUUUAAAAUGUUACAAUAGUUUUUUAGCUAUAAAAUUAUCUAAAGAAUCAUUGUCUUUCAGAGACUCAUAGGAAAAAAAACUGGGAAAAGUGUCACCGCGUUGUUCUCUUUUGUCUACAAAUCACUGAACUCAGGUACUACGGUAGGCGGUUUCCUCCUCAGUCUCCUCCGCGGCUAGUGCGUCUAGUUCACGAAGCAAUUAACUGGGUCUUACUAUCAUUGUAGUGUGAUUUCUUUGUAUUAGCAAAGACAAAAACGCUAACGUGGAAAAAGUAUGUCAGAUUUUCCUUCAUGCUUCUGGUGAUAAGAAGCAUAGCUUACAAAGCAAGAGUAAGAUUGGGGCGUGAAGUUCAGAAAAAAAAUGUUACAACACACAGGGAAGUUUUUUCCACUGUUUUCUCUGUGCAUUUUGAAAAUUAGUCAAAAUGGACUCUUUUUAGUCUACCGUAAGUUAAUAUAACUGAUCCCUUGAGAGGUGGCUGGACCAAUUCUCUCUCCGUGACAAAUGUUUAAUCAUUAGUUACAAGAAUGCAGUAUCUGGGGCGUCAACACGGGGACUCGAGUAAACCUGACCCACCAAUAAGGAUUCAGCUGUCCACACGGGCUGACGACACACUUACCGCAUCAAUCUGUGUUCAGGUCCAGAGUUACAUAAUUGCAGAAGCACAAGCCAUACAUCGCAGGUAGGAAACCACAGAACCGUCUGCAAGGAGCAAGCAACCGUGGCCCUGUCCACCCCAGCAAAUAAGAAGCAUAUCUGUAGCUUAAGGCCAAGAAUCCGUAAAAACCCCAUGACUUUCUCUUCGUGCAUAUAAACAGAUGUAUUUUUGAUUUCAGGGAAUUCUUUCGUAUCGUCAAUGGUGCCACAUUAAACAUGUCCCAAACCAAAUCCCACCCGUGCUGGGCAGAGUGCGUGCACGCCAUUCCUACAGCAUUCCAAAGAUGGAAGGUUCUUUACUUCAUGUUAAUUUUUCCUUUGAAAUUAUUUAUAUGUUCUAUAUAUAAAUACAUAUGUACAUAGACAGAUAUAUGGGCCUCUGUGUGGCUGAACAGUAUAUUUUGUAAAUAUAAGUACUAGUCCUAAUUGCAGAAAGAGCGUCUGAGUUUCACCUCCCCACAAGCACUUCAGAUCAGUAUUGUAUUCAUUUUAUUAAUAAAUGGAUAUCUUUUUCAUUGUAAUAUAAAGCUGGGUUUUAUUUUUUUUUCCUGAAAAAUAAUUGCCUUUAUUUUCUCUCAUUGCCUCCUUGGUUUCAGAAGAGAGUAGUUUUAUUAUAAAUAUUGUAUGGACUUUGUAUAUUAAAAGAGGAGCUCAUUUCAGAUUCCUAAAGAAAUAGACAUUUUACUGUUAUUUUGAAAGGGCAUCUUUUGAUUUUUUUGUUGUUGUUGUUCACUUUUGGCAUAUGUAUAUAAGUAUUAUUGAUGGUGAUAUGAAAACUUUUGUUAUGUGAAAAUAUUUAAGUCAGAAAAUUGUUAAAUAAUAUUACUUCUUUUCCAAA